AUGAGUUUCAGCCGCAACGGGGGACUCACUGCCCGCAACUUCAGGCCUUGUCUACCCCAGAAUCGACUCCGCAUUCGCUCCACCCUACCUCCGCUCUUGUCCCGGAGAUUCCAUGCCAGCUCUCUGCUAUGGGGGAUCAAGUCACAAGUUCUAAAGGAUGUCGGCGAGGGCAUCACGGAAGUCCAGAUCAUUCAAUGGUACGUGGAAGAAGGGGCUCAUAUUGAGGAAUGGAAGCCUUUAUGCCAAUACCAGUCGGAUAAAGCUGUCGAUGAUAUUACUUCGAGAUACGAGGGCGUUAUCAAGAAACUACAUUUUGAGACAGAUGAUACAGUGCCUACGGGAAGGGCACUCUGCGACAUUGAAGUUGCGGAUGGAAAAUACCCCGAUGAUAACCCGCCGCCCGAAUCAAGGGCAGCGCCAUCUGAACCUACUCCGGUCUCUGAACCCAUACCUACAACUCAGGCAGCCGAGUCCUCUCUAAUAACUCCUCCUCCUAUCAAAGUUCUGGAGGAGACACCCAAGACAAAGCAUGCAUCCCUUGCAGUCCCCGCCGUACGCGGUCUAUUGAAGAACCAUGGCGUGAACAUCCUCGACAUCAACGGAACCGGCAAAGACGGGCGGGUGAUGAAAGAAGAUGUACUGAAGUUUGUCGCAGAGAGAGAUUCUCCAGUCCCAACAUCAGUGUCCGCCCCAGUCUCCGUCACACCAGACACACGGCAAGCAGAGUCAAUUGUCAACCUCACCCCGAUCCAAUCACAGAUGUUCAAGACAAUGACCAAAUCCCUGAACAUCCCACACUUCCUCUACGCAGACGAACUAAAGGUCAAUGACAUCACCGCCAUCCGCAAGAAACUUGCCAGCGACAAACGCGAUCCUACCAAAAUCACCUUCCUCCCUUUCGUCGUCAAGGCCGUCUCCCAGGCCCUGACCGAGUUCCCAAUCCUCAACUCCAAAGUCGAUACUACAGACCCCACAAAGCCCAAGCUAGUCAUGCGUGCCAAGCACAAUAUCGGGAUUGCUAUGGAUACGCCGAAUGGUCUGAUUGUUCCGAACAUCAAGGAUGUCGCCAGCCGCUCGAUCUUCGACAUUGCUUCUGAGAUCACACGGCUAAGUGCCCUGGGUAACGCCGGCAAGCUGACGUCUGCCGAUCUCAGUGGUGGUACUAUCACUGUGUCGAAUAUUGGCAAUAUCGGGGGCACAUACGUGGCUCCGGUGAUUGUGCCAACGGAAGUGGCUAUUCUUGGCGUGGGUAGGUCUAGAGCUGUGCCGAUCUUUGAUGAGGAUGGACAGGUUACACGCGGGGAUAUGGUUAACUUCAGUUGGAGUGCGGACCACCGUGUCAUUGAUGGUGCGACAAUGGCGAGGAUGGGUAACAGGGUCAAGGACUUAGUUGAAUCGCCCGAGCUUAUGCUUCUAAAUCUCAGGUGA